GCGGAAAUCCUGCGGUCGCCGGGCUCGCGCUCAGGCUCCGCAGCGCGCGCAUGAGCGAGGGUCUCUGGCCCACCGGCGCGCGCCCGGCCUGGGUCCCGAGCCCCUGAGGGAGGGGCCGCACUUUCCCCUCCCCGCCCCCAGCAGCCGGCCGGCCGCGCCCGCACCCGCGCCAGCACCCGCGCCCGCCCCCCGCGUCGGAGCCGAACCCGGGGCAGAGAGGCGGCAUGGAAGCCGAGGACCUGCAGGAGGACCUGACCUGCUCCAUCUGCCUGGACUAUUUCGAGGACCCGGUGUCCAUCGAGUGCGGCCACAACUUCUGCCGCGGCUGCCUGCACCGCAGCUGGGCGCCGGGCGGCGGCUCGUUCCCCUGCCCCGAGUGCCGGCAGCCUUCGCUGCCCGCCGCGAUGCGGCCCAACUGGGCCCUGGCCCGCCUGACGGAGAGGACGCGACGCCGGCCCCAGGGCCCCGUGCCCCCCGGCCAGUGCGGCCGCCACCGGGAAGCGCUGCGGCUCUUCUGCGAGGAGGACCAGCGGCCCGUGUGCUUGGUGUGCAGGGAGUCCCGGGAGCACCAGGCGCACACCAUGGCGCCCAUCGACGAGGCCUUCUGCAACUACCGGGAAAAGCUUCUUAAGACUCAGUGUAGUCUGAAGGACAAGAUGAAGAAAGCCAUAUAUUUUCAGGACGUGGAAAUGAAGAACAUUACCAAGUGGAAGGAGAAGAUGAAGAAUCAGCGAGUGACAAUCAGCGCAGAGUUUGCAAAGCUGCACCACUUCCUGGCAGAAGAAGAGCAGCUGUUUCUUCAGAGACUGAGCAAAGAAGAAGAAGAGACGAAGAAGAGACAGAAUGAGAACACAUUAAAGCUCCAUCAGAAAAUCACCUCCUUGAAGCAGCUCAUCUUAGAGGUCAAGGAGAAGAGCGAAAGCUCCAGCCUGGAGCUGCUUCAGAAUCCAAAAGAUGUGUUGACCAGGAGUGAGAGCCAGGAUGUGGACUAUUCCCUUGAAGUUCUGACAGUGAAGACUGUGUGCCAGAUUCCGAUGAUGAAGGAAAUGCUGAAGCGAUUCCAAGUGGCUGUAAAUGUAGCUGAAGACACGGCUCAUCCCAAGCUUAUCUUCUCCCAGGAUGGGAGAUAUGUGAAAAAUGGAGCAUCGGCCAGUUCUUGGCCAUUGUUUUCUUCAGCAUGGAGCUACAUCAGUGGAUGGAGGAACCGUCAGAGGAACGCACAGUUUGUGGGAAGAUUUCAGCACUUACCCUGUGUUUUGGGAGAAAAUGUUUUCACUUCAGGGAAACAUUACUGGGAAGUUGAGAACCGGGAUAACCUGGAGAUUGCCGUGGGGGUGUGUCGGGAGGACGUCAUGGGGCUUGCUGAUGCUUCAGAAAUGGGCCCCCGUGUGGGCAUCUGGGCUCUCUGUUGGGGUUCCGCUGGCUUUCGGCCCCUGAAAAGCUCUUCUGUAAGUCCUACCAAGCAAGAGCCUGCUCUUAGCCGGGUGGGAGUUUUCCUCGAUGCUGGGGCUGGGAGCAUCUGCUUCUAUGGCGCUGUGGACGGCACGCACCUAUAUACCUUCUCUUGUCCUCGCGUCUCUCGCCUCCGGCCAUUUUUUUGGUUGAGUCCGUUAGCAUCUCUAGUCAUCCCGGCAGCGACGGGUGGGAAAUGAGGCUGUUCCUCCCCUGCCCGAGAACCUGUUGCUGUACCCCGGUGCAGGCACAUGCACCCCUCGGCCCUCUUCUCUCUCCAUACUACUGGUCCAGGCGACACGUCCACACCGUCCACUCGCUUGGCUCCCCGCGCGUGCUCUGCGCGCACAGGGAUGGCGGACCCGUUGGUUGCCUUUCCAGCGGCCACUUGCUGCACUUCCCUCCUCCUCUUCUGGUUCUUCUGAGGGAACGGUCGGGGGAGCACCGUCCCUGGGCUUCAGGGGAAGCAGCCCCACGUGAGGCAGUGCUGGCCAGUGAGCUGGGAGGAGGCAUUUUCUAAGGCGCUUCUGGGGAUAGAUUGUGUAGCUUUAAGGAAGAGGUGUUUGAGGAGACACAGCCCCUCUUGUGAUGUCAGCAGCUGUCUCAGGACUGAGGGGAGCACGGUAGCAGUGCACAGGAAGAAGAAACAUGGUCUUCGCUGGCAUCGCUGGGCUGUUGGAAUUUCCUUACCCUGACACUUCGUAUUAUAGGAGGUGACUGCUCCCUUAUUGUAUAAGGCAAUCCAGGUUGCCUUUUGGUAUAGGAUUGUCUCACUUUCCCUGAAACUGGACAGCUCUGUAGGCUCUGUUUCUGUUCAGUCAUUCCUCUUGUCCAGGAAGUACUGAGACCUCUCACUUUUCUGGAUCAGAAAGUUAAGGAAAUCUUCCCUUACUCUGCACUGUGACUGUUCUUUACCUGACCAAGUCUGACCAUGAACACCUCAAGUGUUCAUUUUGUUACCCAUCUGUCAGAUUCUUACACACUGUUUAUGCAGGAUGCUAACGUCACACCUCAUAUGUUGGGAGACGCUCGCUAUGUAUUCAGACUGUGCUGCUGGCCUCUUCGGUAAUGCUCUCCUACGACUCCUGCAGAAGUUCGGUGUGGGAGAGGGAAAUUAAAAUCCUCUUUCUACAAGGAAGACAAUAAACUGUGAGACAAUAAACUUCUGUUACGUCAAGCCACCCGGUUUGUGGUUUGUUACGGAGUCUUAGGAAACCAGUACACUUGCCCAUCAGGACUUCCUCCAGUGUCUGCCUUAUUCAUUCCCAGUUCUUGGGAAACUCAUCACUACCUUUCCUCCAUCCUCCUCUGGGGCUGUUGAGCCAGGUUGACUGGUUCUAUUAUAAAGUCUUGCUUUCUGACUUCAGGUGGGUUCUUUGAGCUGCUUGGUGUGCAACUUUAUUUUUUCAUCCCUUGACUUCCUUUUACAUCUCUGGUGGCAGUGAUUCCAAACCAUUUCCUCCUUUCUCAAAGCUUCAUGAGCCCACCUACGUACCGUGAGGGAGGCAAACUUUACCAGUCUUAGGUUUUCAGCUGGGACUCUAACAAAAUGUCAGAUUAAUAAGAGAAAAACAGUUUAUUAACACAUGCAGCACACACCAAGCAGGAAAAACCUAAAAUGAAGAGUAACUCAAAGUGAAGGCUUAGAAUUGUGGCUUACAUAGUAUCUUUAACAAAGAACAAUACAUUUGUGGAAAAAUGACAGGAAAAAGUCAGCCUGCAAAGGGUGGCAGACUGUGGGAAGGUAAAUGCAUGUGAGGAAACUAAUGGAGUAAAUGUUUAUUUGCAGAUUCCUUGUUGGUGCAGUCUCCAGUAAAAGGGAAAUUUAUAUCCUGCCAUUUGGCAGGAAAGGGGAGCUUUUUCUGGGUUUGCUGCUCUUAAUUGCCUUCAGCUAAAAAUGAUUUUUAUGCCAAAGAGACCUAUUUUGGGCUGACACAUUCUGGUUUCCUUCAUUAUUAUUAAAGAACUUGCAUCUUUUACUGAGAAAAAUACUAUUCUCUUGAUCUACCUAUUUUAUUAACAUUUUUUUUGCCUCUUUUAAGUCUUGAUAUCGGCCCCUCUCAAGUAUGGGAUGGGACACAGGUAUCAUAUUUACUAAAAAUGAAAUAAACUCUUAUGAUGCCUCUGAUGUGCAAACAGAAUUGAGAAUGAACUUGUAGUAGUUUUCAAUGUUACUUAGGGAUUUCUCUGAGUCUUUACUAUGUUACUACAUCAUGACUUACUUGGAGAGGUAUUUAUUACACAGAAUUUCUCAAGCUUAUUACACCACAGAAACUAGCUCAGGGAGCAGCAACUAAGACUUCCCAGAAGACAGUUUGGCAACGCCUGUUUAUCCUACACUUUCUCCAGAUGAUCUUGACUAUCUCUGAUUUCAACCUAUACUUGCACUGUAUAAAGUUGGUGGGUACACUGUGUGACCAUGGAUAAGGCUCUGCUAAAAUCUUCUCCCCUGGAGACUAGGCUCUUGUUAUGAAUAUAUGCUCUCCACCCCUCCAACACUGCAGCUCCCAGAAGUUUCUCACCCUUAAGCUAGCCCACAGUCAACCUCCAGCAAUUCAUCAAAAUUACUAUUUAAGUAUUCCUACAAGUUUAUGGCUCCGGUGGAUUUUCUUUUUUUAAAGAUUUAUUUAUUUGAUAGAGAGAGACACAGCGAGAGAGGGAACACAAGCAGGGGGAGUGGGAGAGGGAGAAGCAGGCUUCCCGCCGAGCAGGGAGCCCGAUGCGGGGCUCGAUCCCAGGACCCUGGGACCAUGACCUGAGCCGAAGGCAGACGCUCAACGACUGAGCCACCCAGGCGCCCCUGGCUCCGGUGGAUUUUGAUCUCAACUUUGACUCUGUGGAUUUGCCUGUCUAUCCAGAUCUUGGGGUGGCAAUUUGUCAUGCAACCUUAGUUCUCCCACAGGUCCAAGAAAAGCCAUUGAUUUUCAGUUUUCUCAUCUUUUUCUUGUAAGGAUAUGAGUUAACGACUUCCAAAUUCUUUUUUUUUUAGAUUUUAUUUAUUUAUUUGACAGAGACAUAGCAAGAGAGGGAACACAAGCAGGGGGAGUGGGAGAGGGAGAAGCAAGCUUCCCGCCGAGCCGGGAGCCUGAUGCGGGGCUUGAUCCCAGGACCCUGGGACCAUGACCUGAGCUGAAGGCAGAUGCUUAAUGACUGAGCCACCCAGGCGCCCCACGACUUCCAGAUUCUUUACAUGUAGGAGCUGAAGCUGCAAGUCUAUCAGAAUAGGCUUCUUCUAGACCUCUGUAAUGGUUGUGUCUACUUCACUAAGGGGUGCCUAGACAGCCAGUAAAACAUUUCUGGGUAUGUCUGUGAAGGUGUUUCCAGGAGAGAUUAGCAUUUGAACUGAUAGACUGAGUAAAAAAGAUCAUUUUCACCGAAGUGGGUAGACAUCGUCCAAUCAACUGUGAGCCUGAAUAGAAAAAAAGGCAGCAGAAGGGCAAGUUUCUCCUCUGCUUGAGCUGGGACAUCCAUCUUCUGCCCUGGGACAUUGGUACUCCUGGUUCUUGGGCCUUCAGACUUGGACUGGGACUUAGACCAUUGCCACCCGAUUUUUGAGCCUUUGGACCCGAACUGGAAUUUACACCAUUAGUUCCUCUAGUUUUCAGGUCUUUGGACUCAGACUGAAUUACAUACACACCAGCUUCCCUGGAUCUCCAGCUUGCAGACAGCACCAUGGAACUUCGUGGCCUCCAUGGUCAUGUGAGCCAGUGGCCACUGAUCCAACCUAUUGGUUCUAUUUUUCUGGAGAACCACUUGCUUUUUUUUUUUUUUUCUUUCCUUUAAAUCAUCUAGUCUUUCCGUUCUUAACUGUUGAACUAUUCACCUUUAAAGUUAUCGUUUUUGGGGUACAUGCACCCUGAUGUUUAUAGCAGCAUUAUCAACAAUAGGCAAACUAUGGAGAGAGCCCAAAUGUCCAUCGACUGAUGAAUGGAUAAAGAUGUGGGGUGUGUGUGUAUAUAUCUAUAUUA